AUGGCACCCGAGCAAGAGCCUAGACGUCUGAUCAUCGUCUCCAACCGUCUUCCACUGUCAGUAAAACGGGAUGACGGCGGUUUUAAGUCCUCCCUCUCAAGUGGCGGUCUUGUUACGUCGCUGUCCGGUCUGACCAAGUCGACACAAUUCAGCUGGUUUGGAUGGCCUGGUAUCGAGGUGAAUGACCCUAACGACCGUGAGAAGGUGUCGAAGAGCUUGGCGGAGCAUAAUGCUGUGGGGAUCUUCCUGGAUAAUGCGCUGGCGAACGCGCACUAUAAUAAUUUUUCUAACUCCAUUUUAUGGCCAAUUCUCCAUUACCAAUCUGGUAUGACCUUUGACGACGGGCCAUGGCAAGCGUACCAAAAAGUCAACGAGCUCUUCGCCGAUGCCGUCGCUAAAGAAGCGAGAAAGGGAGAUAUAAUCUGGGUGCACGACUACCACCUGAUGCUCCUCCCCAAGCUCCUACGCGAGCGGUUAGUCAACAAGGGCAAGAGUUGCGCGAUUGGGUUCUCGCUACAUACACCAUUUCCUGCAAGCGACUUUUGGAGAGCACUUCCGGUGCGGAACGCCAUGAUCGAAGGUCUCUUGUCGAGCGAUUUGAUCGGGUUCCAUACAGAUGAAUAUAAGCAGAACUUCAUUGGGACCUGCGUGAAUUUGUUGGGCGCCCAAACCGGGGUACCGAAUAAGAUUCAGUACAAGAAUCGUUUGGUCGAGGCGGGAACAUUCGUUGUCGGGAUUGAUCCGCAGAAGUUCGAUGAUACUUUGAACAAGCCUGAGGUACAGACACGGAUUAAGGAACUCGAAGAACGAUACAAGGACGUCCAUGUCAUCAUUGGUGUUGAUCGAUUGGACUAUAUCAAGGGAUUGACCCACAAGCUGAAAGGAUAUGAUCGGUUCCUUGAUGACCAUCCGGAAAUGAAGAAUAAGGUUCUGUUGAUUCAAGUGGCGGUCCCAAGCCGUGAAGAUGUCAAGGAGUACCAGGAUUUGGAGACGGAGCUUAGCACAAUUGCUGGGAAGAUUAACGGGAAGCACGCAACACCAGAUGCUUCCCCCCUCUUAUACAUGCACCGCUCAAUUCCAUUUGAAGAAUUAACAGCCAUGUACUCCAUCGCCGAUGUAUGCCUACUUACAUCCUCCCGAGAUGGUAUGAACCUUGUAUCCUUCGAGUACGUCGCGUGCCAGGCAAAGCGCCACGGAGUACUUGUGCUUUCUGAGUUUGCUGGAGCAUCCGUCUUCAUGAAGGGUGGAAGUGUCAAUUUCCAUCCGGCAAAUACAUCCGAACUCGCGCAGUCAAUCCACAAGGCCGUGACGAUGAAUGGGAAGGAGCGUAAGGAAAGAUAUGAGAAAUUGAGUGAAUUUAUCAAUACUAACACGAGCGCUGAAUGGGGAAAGAAGUUCAUUGAUAGCUUGUCGAGGAGGCUGUGAUUAUCUAUAUUUUUUUGUAUAUAAAUCAGACUGGCCCGCCAAGUCAAUAGGCGUGUGACAGAUUGUCAUUAUAGCACUUUAGCC